AUGAAAUCUCCAACUCAAUCCCUUCCAAGGAAAGAACCCAGAGAUGAACCCCCAGUAGUGGUGACACCUCCUCCUCCAUUUUUCGGUCGAUAUGCAAAACCAGGAAAGAGGAGCAAGAGCAAGAAGUUUUUCACUUUUUUUGCAAAGUUGAGAGAAUUGUGCACCACUAAGAAAAAGUUAAAGGGCUUUGAAAAGAUUUAUAUGGGAGAAAAUGUUUCAGCAGUCCUACAACAGAAAUUGCCUCCUAAAUAUAAGGAUCCAGGUAUGUUUAUUGUUCCUUGCAAAAUAGGAAAGGUUAAGGUCGAAAAAGCAUUGAUAGAUUUAGGAGCUGCAAUAAAUAUCAUGCCUCGUUCCAUUUAUAAUUCUGUGAAUCUUGGACCCUUAAAAGAAACUAGUGUCAUUAUGCAACUUGCUGAUAGGUCUAAUGCAUAUCUUGAUGGGGUGUUAGAGGAUAUUCUAGUUCAAAUUGAUAAAUUGGUUUUUCCUGCAGAUUUCUAUGUGUUGGAUAUGGAUGAUGAUUUUUCUGUUUCACCCCCAAUUUUGUUAGGUAGGCCAUUUUUAAUGACAUCUAAAACAAAAAUUGAUGUUUAUUCAAGAACCUUGACAAUGGAAUUUGAUGGCGAAAUAAUAAAAUUCAAUAUUUGUGAUGCCAUGAAAUGUCAUAGUGAGGCACACUUUAUUUUUGUUAUAGAUGUAAUUGACCAUUUCAUGCAGCAAAAGUUUGAAUUAAAUGGUAGAGAUGCAUUGAAGAUCGCACUCAUUCACAGUUUGAAUUUGCAAGAAAUGUCAACAGUUGCAAAGAAGUUUGAGUUACACCCUGAUUGA